AUGACGGGUGAGGCCUUGGUGGGGGAGAAGCUUCUGCAGAAGCUUCGUCCCUUUUUUCUCGACUGCUGCAAGCCCCCACAAUGCCUAACCCCGGCAUCGUCGACGGAGUCUCUUACGACGCGCUCUCUUUGGACGCAAGAGAUCGACUGCAUGCAGCUCCUUGCCGUGUUUCCAGAACUGGGUGAUCUUCUUUUUUGUCAAACAAUGACGCUAAUAGACGCCCUACGGCAAGUGUGUGCGGAGAUGUGCAAAAGCGCUGGUCGGUCCCUCAAUCCGGCUGACCUUUCACCGAGGCUAACGCAUCUGCCCACGGUGGGCGCGCCGCCACCGUCCAUGCCAUCCUCCCGCGGGGUGCUUGUCAGUCUCUGUGGAACAAUAGUGCGGAUGAAUGCCAAGCGAGUGGUGCCAUUUGUUCAUAAACUGAAAUGUGCUAAGUGUGGAGAGACAGUUGAGAUGGCGUCCAGUCCCUUUGAUCGUGGCUCAAAGCCAAAAGGGCGUUGUGGACGUAAGGAGUGUGGGGGCGGGGAACUUAAACCAGUUGGCCAGGUUUGGAUGGAUUACGCGGAGUGUCGCCUGCAGCAGCGCUCCAGUCUCUCGGGUCGGCUUCCUCGCACACUCCUUGUAAACCUUGAAGAUGAACUGACGAUGAAGUGCACUGUGGGUCAGUUUGUCGAGGUAAUUGGCAUCUCAUUUCCCAAAUGGCGUGCCUUGUACCCCAACAGUCGGCCGAUUAUUGAACCCACUGUAUGGGCCCUUAACAUCAAUUCGGUGGAAUCCUACCGUGAGGGGGGUUCUGGCAGCAUGGCCGCAGUACCACGGCGUAAAGCGGUUGGUUCGAUGGAAGGAUCGGCUUUCAGUCCCGAAUCUUUUUUUUAUUCCUUCUGCAAAGAUAAACUUCGUAGGAGUACUGCAUUGGUAACUUCUGUGUGCCCACAUCUUUUUGGGUUGUUUGCCCCACGCAUGGCUUUACUUCUUGCGGUAGUAGGAGGGACGUCCACAACUGGUAAGGCACGUAUGCACAUACGUUCUACAAUUCAUUGUCUUCUUGUGGGGGAUCCUUCAACCGGGAAAUCUCAGCUGCUACGAUUUGCCGCCCUGAUUGCGCCGCGGAGCACCUCCACCACCGGGACUGGGAGCACCUCUGCUGGCUUGACAGUGGCGGCGGCAAAGGAAAACGGCGAAUGGGUUUUGGAGCCAGGUGCCUUGGUACUUAGUGACGGUGGCAUUUGUGUUAUUGACGAACUAAGAACCGUAUCUUCGGCCGAUAGGGCUUCUCUGCAUGAGGCCAUGGAACAACAAACAAUUUCAGUGGCCAAGGCAGGGAUGGUGACAAAACUUAGGACGUCUUGUUCGGUCAUUUCAGCGUGUAAUCCGCCUCCGACACGGCAUGGAGGAACGGAAAUUGGUGUCGGUGGUCCGUUGCUCAGUCGUUUUGAUUUUAUUUUCUUGCUCUGGGAUAAGCCUUCGAUGGAGGUGGACAGUCGUGUUGCCACUCACAUUCUCACCUGCUCUCAGGCCGGAAAGCAACCAUCAUCUGUUCUUUCACAGGAGGAUAUCAGUCGUUAUUUGCGGUGGGUACAUUCUCACUAUGCCCAGAACGAUGGUCCUUUGCUUUCCGAUCAGGCAGCUGAACUUAUAAGGACGUACUACGAUCUGCAAAAUCGGCGAGGGGCGUCACCCCUUCUUGCUGAUUGCGUGCCAGUCACCAUACGUCUACUGGAGUCCCUUGUGCGAAUCACGCAGGCACAUGCAAAAUUGCAUCUGGAAAAUGUGUGUACAGAAGAAGAUGCGGCGUUAGCGAUAUUCCUUAUGGAACAAAGCGCCCACAGCUUGAAGUGUCCGUUGGAAUCCCUUGGCCCAGAUGUGUACACGAACUCCAAGUCACUGGAAGAGUGUUUUCUCGAUCCAACUCCGGAGGGUGUACAGAGGCAACGUGCUGUGCUUCGGGCAAUCGUGGAUGUUUUUUCAAAUUGCGGCAACGCCCAUCACUCCUCCGAUGACACAGCGACUGCAACAUGGUUGGAUAAAAUGAAGUUCCCUUCAGAGGAGACGUCUUUACCUUCGCAGCGGUGUGGCAAGCGUGGAAGGGAAGUAUCAUUACCAAGCGAUGCUGUUUUGCGUAGCGCACGGCGAUUAGAAGCAGAGAUAUCUUCCCCGUUUUCGAGUGUGCAAACAGUGGUUCAGUACACGCCCAGUUCAAUGUCGCAAACACCCAUUAAGAAGAGUUGCAGACGUCGUGAAGUGGAUGAAAUCAUGAAAAGUCUUGUGUUUCGUUCGUGA